AUGAAAACAAAAGAGCUUUGGACAUACACAAUUGAUAAGCCAACUGAGCCCAAUGUAAAUCUAACAAAUCAAGUAUUUGCUUGUGCUUUUUUAAAAGGUAAAGUAAUGCGAGAUUUGAUUAGAUGGAGAUGUUGUGGUUGCCGCUGUAGGGAAUGCAUUACUAUUAUUUGAUACAUAAAAAUCUGAAAUGUUAAGACCACCUUUAAGAGGAUAACACAAAGACACAAUUACUUGUUUGGCUGCAUCUAAGGAUGGAAAUAAAAUGGUAACAGGUAGUGCGGAUAAAACAGUUAUUGUGUGGGCAUUCAAUAUUGCUAGAGGUGAGAAGAUGUUGGAUGCAGAAAAAUUUUUUUCACAUAGUGAAGCAAUUUAAUGUGUUGCUAUCAGUCCUUUAAUGUAUUAAAUAUUUACAGGUUCAAAUUAAGAGUAUUCUUUAUGGAUUCCUGGAAUGAGUAAUAUAGACAGGUAGAAGUAUAAGGAGAAAAUAAUAUGUUCAGCUUGGAGUGCUGAUGGACAGUAUGUAUCAUUUGGAACAAUGAGUGGUAUGAUUGAGUACUUUUCACAUUAGGACUGGUUGUGAUUACGGAUAGAUAAGCACAUUAAUUGAAAGAGAUUUAGACUUAGAAAGGAGGACCAGUAUGGUGUAUGGAAUGGACUCCAAUAACAUCUGAAUAUUAAUAGUCUCAAUUAACUGUUGGAGUGUGGAUGAAUUCAUUAUAUUAAUUUGAUUGUAAUGGAUAAUAAAUUGGGGCUAGAAUAGAAUUACCAUUUGAUCCUUUACAUAUAAAUUUUUAAUAUAAUGGUGAAUAUAUGGCAAUAGCUGGGAAUAAUAAUAAGAUUAAUCUAUAUACAAGAGAGGGAGGAUUCUUAAUGGAAGCCUGUUCUCUUAAUGAUUGGAUAUGGUGUACUAAAAUAAAACCAAAAUCUACAGUAAUUGUUUGUGGUACUAAUGAUGGUGACAUUGUUGUAUAGGAAUUAGUAUAAGAAAAUGUUACUGCAUUAUAUGAUGAUAAAUUAGUUUAGAGAGAACAAUUAACAGAUGCAAUUAUAUUGUCAAUGAUUUCUAAUUAGAAGGCAAGAAUUAAAUGUAAAGAAUUAGUAAAAAGAGUGGCCAUAUUUAAAGAAAAAGUGGCUAUUUUAUGUGGUAUUAAGGUUUUAAUUUACACUUGUGUAAUUAAAGGAGAUGAUUUCAUGAAAUAUAAAUAAUUUAAGAAAUUUUAGAAGAGAGUGGAUUGUGAACAUUUUUAAUUGGCAUCAUCAAAUGUUUUAAUUGGAGCAGGAUAGAAAUUAAUUGCAUUCAAUUUUAAUGGAGAUAUGGAUAAGACUUGGAGUUUUGAAUCUCCUAUUACAGUUGUUUCUUGUUAAGGUGGUGCACCUAAAAGAGAAUUAGUUUUGAUUGGAUUAGAGAAUGGAGGCAUUUAUAAGAUCUAUUUAGAUAAUUCAUUCCCUAUUUAAAUUCAUAAGGUUAAUACACACAUCAAAUAUUUGUCAAUGUCUUAAUCAAAAAGAAAAUUGGCAUUGAUAGAUGGAAAUUAAAAUUUAUAAGUAAUAGAUACUAUAAGUAAAGAAAUUUUAUUUGGGGAAAUGAGUGUUGAAGGUGUUGCUUUUAAUUCAGAAUUUGAAGAUUUGAUUGCUUAUUCAGGUAAAGGAUUAUUGUUUUUCAAAUGUAUCGCAUUUCCAGCUUUAAAUUAAAAGAUAACUGGAAAUGUUAUAGGAUUUAAAGGAUGCAAAUUGUUCCUUCAAAAUAACAAUCAAGUCUAAACUAUUGAUAUUUAAUAAACAGCAAAUAUGUAGAGAUAUUUAGAAAAAAAAGAUUUCUAGAAUGCUUUAAAGAUAGCUUGUCUUGGUGUAACAGAAUAAGAUUUAAGAGCUUUAGGAAUUGAGGCUUUGAUAGCAGGAGAAUUUGAAAUAGCAAGAAGAGUAUAAUAGAAUUUUUAUUAUUUUUAUAGUGUUUUUUGAGAAAUAAGGAUUACCAUUUCAUCGAUUUACUUAUGAAAUAUGAAAAGAAAAAUUUAGAUGCAUAAAUACUGAAUGAAUUAAAUGCUGAGGCUUUGGCAUAUCAAGGGAGAUUUAUGGAUGCUGGUAAUCUAUUAAUAAAGGUUGGGUAGGCUGAUAAAGCAGUAUAGUUAUUUAAAGAAUUAAGGAGAUGGGAUGAUGCUAUAAGUAAAUAAUUAUUGUAAAAGUAGACUUUGCUAAAAAGGGAGAUGUUGCUUAUAGGGCUGUCACAUCUGGAGGUAGAACUGGCACUGGUGUUAGAGCACCAACAUCAUAAGGAAGAACAGGAACAGGUAGAGGUUAAGCAGUCAUACCAUAACCAUAAGAUAUAGCACCUCCUAAGAUAGAGAUGAAUAUGUUAUUGAGAGAACAGGCUGAAUGGACAAAAGAAUCUGGAGAUUGGAAAGCUGCAGCUGAUUUAUUUGUCACUUGUUAAGAAUAUAAAAAAGCUAUUGAAUUAUAUGGAUAGAAUAAAUAUUUGGAUGGAUUAUUAAAUGUUUGUAGAAUGUUAGAUAAACAAGAAAAUUCAGAUAAUAUAGUUUUAUGUGCUAAUUAUUUCAAAAAACUUAAACAUCAUGGAGGUGCUAAAGAAGCUUAUCUUAAAUUAAAUGAUUUAAAAAACCUAAUGAUUUUACAUGUUGAAUUUCAAAAAUGGCAAGAAGCUUUUUAAAUUGGAAGAUCUAAUAAAGAACUUCUUGAAAUUGCCAAAGUACCUUAUGCUAAUUACUUAUUAUUAAAUGAUCGUUAUGAAGAUGCUCUCAAAGCUUAUAAGAGUGCAGGUAGAUUUGAUAUAACAAUGAAAAUGACAAAAGAUAUGGCCAAAAAUUGUAUUGAAGAAUAAAGGUAUCAUGAUGCUAGUUAAUAUUUAUGGAAUUUAGCUAUAGAUUGCUUAUCUCAAAUUCAAGAUUAUUAAAAUCCAUCAGGUGAUGAUGUAAAAGCUAUUUCAUAAUAUCGUGAUUAUAGUGAUUUAGCAGAUGUUUAUUAUGCAUAUUAAAAGAUACAUAAUUUCAUUUGUGAACCAUUUUAACCUUUAUCAGGAGAAGCUUAUUUCAUAUAGAUUAUGAAUUCUGCCAGAUUCAUUAUAUCAAAAUGGAAGAGUAUAUAUUAGGGAAUUAAAAUGAGUUAUGUCUAUUAUGCUUUAGCCAAAUGUGCUUCACAACUUUCAUGUUUCAAAACUGCUCGUUCAUGCUAUGAAAAAUUGAAUGUAAAUAUUUUAUUUAAAUAUUCUUUUUUUAGUAAUUCAAAAUACCUGCAGAAUGGAGUGAAGAAAUAGAUCUUCAAUCAUUAUUAAUUAGAUCAAAACCAUAUACAGAUGAUGAAUCUAAAUUACCAUUAUGUAUGAGAUGCUAGACAUACAAUGCAAUUAUUAAUGUAAAUGAAAAAUUGUCUGUAUGUAAUGCUUGUUUGCAUCCUCUAUUUUCUUCUUUCAUUAGCUUCUCUACUUUACCACUUGUUGAAUUUAAAGUUGAUAAUUCAUUAUCCAGAGAAGAUGUGGAAAAAUUAUUAAAUAGUGAAAAAGUAUUUAUCAAUAAAAGACCAGGAUAAUUAUUUCAAGAUAAAAUCAAUGAAAUUAUUUAAUAAUAACAAACAUCACAAGAUUAAUAUUUAGUAGUUGAAUUGGAUGAAGCUACAAUUCAAUCUCUAUCACCAGAAGAGGUUUUGAUUGUAGAUUAUAGAUAAUAUUGUAGAUCAAUAGAUGUCAAAUAUUAUAAGAAUAUGAUUGGAGAACAACCUAUUCAUACUUGUCUUGAUUGUGGAAGAUUUUUUUAUAUUGAUGAACAUGAAUUUGAAUAUGUCUAAAAAAAGUGUUGUCCAUUUUGUAGAAUUUCAGAUAAAAAAAUACCAUAAAAGGAUGUUUUUGAUAUUUGA